GUUCAGCAGGGGAGGACCACAGUUAACUGGCAGCGGAGCGACUCGCUGCUCUGCAUCGCCUCUCAGGGGUUUUUGGAUCAACAAGAGACAGAACCUGGAUCAGAUCUUCAGUCAGCUUCUGCAGCCCGGCAUGGAGGUUCUCCUGGACACCUGUGGACGGAGAACAGUCAAAGUUUUGCUGUUACUCCACCUCUUCUUCGCGAAGGCAACAGCCGACUGCCCCAAACCUCAGACAAGGGGAGAUAUUGUCCUAACCGACAACGCACUUCUAAUGAAUACUUUUCCAAAGGGUGUUGUUGUCAAUAUGGAAUGUGCGAAUGGAUUUGUCAAAGACAGUGGCUCUGGGCUUAUAACCUGCGUUGAUGAUAAUUGGACUGAACCAGAUCUCACCUGCAAGAAGAAGGACUGUGGUCUCCCUACUAUUCAACCGAAUAUGAGCUUUAAUACCAGCGCCGGUACCCUGUUUGGUGCUGUAAUAAAAGUCAUUUGUGACAAAGGCUUCCAAGUCAGUGGAUCUAGCUUCAAACAGUGCUAUUCUUUGGGUUGGGUUGGAAAGGCCAAGUGCGAAAUUGUAACAUGUGAAAUACCUGUUAAAUUGACCAAUGGCAAAAGCCCAUGGGAUUCUAAAGAUGAACCAAUGUAUGGAGAAAUCAUACAGUACGUGUGUGAAGACGGAUACACCCUGAUUGGGAAAAAUAACACUAAGUGCAGCGAAACUGGUGUAUACGAUUCUCCACCGCCGACUUGUGAAGGAAUGACGGCCAAAGCUAUAACUACAACAGAAAUGGUAACACCAACACCAACACCUAAACCUGCAGCACAAGAUUCCUCUGCCGCACCCACAACUCUUAGAGAUAACACUGUCAGAACCAGCACAACAGCCGCUGUCUCACCUUCAGUAGGAGGUGGCAGAGAAAAUGUGACAGCUGAAGGUAGAGCUACAACCAGUGUAACAUCAAUGACGUCGUCUUCAUUUCAAGAUAAGCAUGAUGGGGCUGUAGAUACUAACCAGGACGUCGGACACAUGCCUGUUAUAAUCAGUGUGAUAUGCGUUUCAUUAGCUGUGUGUAUAAUGGCGCUCUUUUUACACAAGUUUCUUCUGAAAAGAAAAGGCUCAUAUGACACCAGAGAAGACCUGAAGCCGGAGUUAUUACAGUUCCAAAAUCUUUAGAUUGCCAGCCUGACAAAGCUCUGCAAAUGGAACCGCGCCUAUCUACUAAAGAGCAUCUGUUACCCAGGAGGGACGUGCCAAAAAAACAGUAGUAGUGCCUCUCAGAGGCGAUGGGGAAAAAAGAUAACUCACGUUAUUGUUAUUGCACUUCAAAUGGCAGAUACUCAAAUCUGUAAAAGUAUCAUAAUGUAAAGCAAAAUCCACUGAAAAGCACUUUUUUUAAUGAUUUUUGUAUUGCCGCUUUAUUUUAACAGUUGUAAAUACUUCGUGCCACUAUAGAAUUGCUAUUUUGUAUGUUAUUUAUGUUAUAGACUGGAAUAAAAUCCUUAACAUUGCUUCCAUGUCUAAUGAAGUCUUGGGAAUGUAUUUUUCCUUUUUUGUGUCUGUGUGUUUGCAGUGUAUGCAAAUCUUAAUUCAUUCAUUUAUGUGUUAUUUAUGUGCUUUUUUGUUAGGACAGACUCAUGAAAAGUUGAUUCAAGAGGCUUACAAUGUGGUUUCUUCAGAUUGCAGACUGAAACGGCGACUGUUAAAGAUACAAUCAGCUGCAUUCUUCGCCCUCUGACUUUCUCUUUGACAUUAUCUAUUGUUCUGGGGCUCUUUUUGUAAGCUUCAUGUGCAAACAUAAUCAGAAACCUUCUUUCUUGAGAGAAGAAUCCUACAGAGUAACUCCCAUCAAUGAAUGCUGUUUCACUAACUUCCCCGUAACUAAAUGUGACAGGAAAUUCUCAGGAAAGUGAUGAAAAUAUGUCUGACCUUGAGCGUGUGAAAGGGCUCAUUGUGCCAAAGGAGCAGAAGCCUUCAAGAGCUUGUCAACCUUUCAUAUUUGACAAGGCUGGGAUUGUAACGCACCAAUUGAUGAUACAACUCUUUUUUAUAUUAAAAAAACCUGACUGAGA